AAUUCGAGGCAACACAUGACAAGUAUCAAGGAGAGGAGUAAAAAAAUCACACAGACUGUUGUCAUAACAACAUAUUGCAAAGAACACAAAGUACCAUCUGCUAUGAGAUUUUUAAGGCACAUGGAGCGGACAAGUCGAUAGAUAAUUAUUUCCCGGGAAUAAGACUUCAGCAGAAUGUGUGAAUUCCUUUUAAACGCUGCUUUUGGAAGCACAGAGCAAAGGUCCAGAGGAGGAAAUGGCAAAUAUGCAUCAGCAAAACAAAAUAUAUGACAAAGAGAUGUAACCUUAUAUUGCAUGUCAAACAGAAAGUCAGAGUGUAGAAGUGGAAAUGAUAUAAGUCAUGGGAAAGUCCAUUUUACUUCCUGUUGUGUAAGUCCUACACUGGGAUUGAAAAGUACCAGUUGUGAGAAGAAGUUUUGAUUUCACAACGUUCUUUGAGCCAAAAUGUCCCAAUUCCUAGCUUUUACCAGCUCACACACGCAUUAAUCACACACAUUCAUCUGUAUUCAAACCAGGUCCAGGCUGACCUUGAGUGUUUCACCUGAAGUAUGCGCGUUGCAUCCAUUAAGUCGACGUGGUGUAAAACCAUCUCACAGCAUCAGCGUGAAGUGUCUAUUACCACCAUCUUAUUUCCUGUUUAUAUGGCAACUGCCUCAACAUCCUGUUUUUAAUUACUUCUCUCCAGCAGCAGAUGCUUCUCACAGCAACCUGCUGUGGAUUACUCCCCUGAGAACUAAUGUGCUGUGACAGACCCCACUUUUCCAAUCAAUAACUCGCCCUAAAUCUGCCAUCUCUCUGCCUGCCAAACACACUCCCACUUCUAAUGGCACAUCAUUUUCUUUAAGGGGGUGUAAUUGCAGACUGUGGAAAGCUGUAGUCCUUUGUGUUCCAGCUACGUAGAUACUGUAAAGGCAUCUGAAGCACAGAAACUACAGCCCACGGUUGACACAGGAAGUGAUGGGGGGGCUUUACACUAGUGUUCAGUCUCACCACCAUUUCCAUCACAUUGCCCUUUGCGAAAGCAUUCACUUCCCUGUUUUGGCUGUUAAAGCAAAGCGCUCCGAUAAAUUGCUGUGCCGCUUCAUAAACCUGUUGGUGCAAGCCUGACAAGAUGUUUGUUUGAUUUCUGUGUUUCAGUAUGAAGUUGGAUGUGAACAACUCCAACAUGUCAGAGGAGUACGGUGCUGUGAGGCCUGAACAGGGGCCGGCGGAGUACCGCAUGGCCGCCCUCAUCUUCUACUGCUUCGUCUUCGUCAUAGGAGUCAUAGUCAACGUCACUGCUCUGUGGGUGUUUGCUCUCACCACCAAAAAGAAGACGUCCGUCACUAUCUACAUGAUAAAUGUGGCGGUGGUGGACCUCACCUUCAUCCUGCUGCUUCCCUUCAGGAUGGUUUACCACCACCAGGACAACUGGCCCUUUGGAGAUCUGUUCUGCCGAGUCAUGGCUGCGCUCACCAUUUUCUACCCUUGCAUUGCUCUCUGGCUGUUUGCUCUGAUCAGCGCUGACCGCUACAUGGCUAUAGUGCAGCCAAAGCACGGCAAAGAGCUGAGGAACAUCCCCAAGGCCGUGGUGGCGAGUUUGGGGGUGUGGCUCAUGACUUUGGGCGGCACUGUGCCCCUGCUCUUCUCUCAGACGGACCCUGAUCGCAGCUCCAACUUCACCACGUGCAUCAAGAUGCAAGACAUCAUCCACUUACGCCACGACAACCCGGUCAACUUUGUGCGACUUAUCUUCUUUUUCCUGGUUCCCGUGUGUAUAAUGAUAGGCUGCUAUAUCACCAUAGUGGAUAAUCUGGUGCAUGGCCGCACCUCUAAGCUCAAACCUAAAGUGAAGCAGAAGUCUAUCCGGAUCAUCAUCACACUCAUCAUCCAAGUGUUGGUGUGCUUUGUGCCCUUCCAUGUUUGCUUGGUUCUCCGUUUGCUGGGAGAAUUCAAAGACGGGGGGUUUAACACAUGGGCGGUGUUCACCACCUUCCUGAUGAACAUGAGCACGGUGUUGGACAUUGUCCUCUACUACAUCGUCUCCAAACAGUUCCAAGACCGGGUGAUCAGUGUGAUUCUGUACAGGAACUAUCUGCGAAGUGUGAGACGGAAAAGCAGGCACACACAAACAGGCAGCAUCCGAACAAUGAGCAACCUGACCAGUGCCAUGAUAUGAAGCAAAGCAGCAUGUACUGUACAUAUGUAUAUAUGUAUAUGGACAGGCAAAAGCCAGGAUCAUGCUGUCGGACACUUUUCAUUUCUUAUUAACAUGUCCACAGAUUGUGAUAGUGUUUUAACUGCUUGUGGGGCUUCUUUUUUUUAGCAAAUUAGAGCGAAAUUAAGGUGAAGAUAGAUAUUUCCUGCGUAUUCAUAAGCAGGAUAUGUGUAUUUAUAUUGAUACGUUAAAUAUGAGCUUGCUUUUCCGUGUUCCAGUGUUUUGCUCUUUAGCUUUUGUGUGUUGCUUGGCAGAUGUCUCGUAAUGUUUAAACACCACAACCAAUGUUUUGAGAACUUAUACCUCACUUGGGAAAUGUUGAUAUGUUAAGUACGUAUUCUGUUCAUGUGGCAGAUUUCACAACAUGGGGGUGGGGGUGGGGGGGGGGUCGGACAAAUGCAACAUUUCUCUUGGUUUGCGGAAACGUUUAAUUAUAAUUCAAUGCGAUGUUUCCCCCCCUUUGGCUGAAUGGAACACAGAAUGUAUCAUACACAUAUACUUCAUUAUCAAAAGGAUCAAAAUUUGCAAUUAAUUUCCACGGUGUAAUUUACACUCACAGUAUGGGAGUGCUGCUGUUGUGGCAAAAACAUCUGUGUUCAGAGCUGAUUGACUCACCCAUGAGACUUGAGAUGUGUUUUUCUUUUUCUUUUUUGCGUCUCUUUGCUCUGGCAGACACGGCACACGCGUCUGUGGCUCAGGUGUAACAAACGCAGGCGAAAAAUAAA